AUGGCGACCAUCGAUGUCAAAGACAUUAGACAGUACAUAAUUGCUAUGGAUGAAGGAAUGUGGAAUAUCUUUAAGUACUUUGAAUUGAGAGUUUGUUAUUUCUCCAGAAACACUAUAAAGUCUGACAUUAAGAAGAUUUAUGGUGCUAAAUUUGGUAAACUACGUACUGAGUUACUUGCAUGCCCUGGGGUUGCUUUGGCUGAAACAAUUUAUAGUUUGGCUUAUGAUUGGGGUAUUGAAAAGAAGUUGUUUUCUAUCACUUUGGAUAAUGUUAGUGUGAAUGAUGUUUGUGUUGAAAUACUUAAAACUCAGCUUAGGUUAAAGAAUGCUUUGAGUUUUGAUGGCACUUUGUUUCAUGUUCGAUAUUAUGCACAUAUUCUCAAUUUGAUUGUACAAGAUGGUUUGAAAGAGAUUGACAUUGUCGUGGAUAGGAUUAGAGAAUUUGUGAAAUAUGUUAAGGGUUCUCAACGAAGAAAGGAAAAGUUCAAGAAUUGUGUUUCCCAAACUUCUAUAGAUUCUAAAAGAGCAUUAAUACAAGAUGUUCCGACUAGAUGGAAUUCUACAUAUAUGAUGCUUUCUAGUGCUCUUUACUAUCGUCUUGCUUUUUGCCAUCUUCAAUUGAGUGAUUCUAAUUUUCAAAGUUGUCUAAUUGCAGAAGAGCGAUCUCGUUAUCCAACAUCAAACUUGUAUUCUCCUCAUGUUUUUGUAAUCCAGUUGAAGUUACAUGAAGAGUCAUCUAGUCAAGAUUUGUAUAUGAAGAAGAUAGCUGAUCAAAUGUUUGUCAAAUUCAACAAAUAUUGGUGUGAAUUCAAUGUUUUAUUUGCCAUUGCUGUGAUAUUUGAUCCACGGUACAAGUUUCGAUUUGUUGGAUUUAGUUAUGGAAAGCUCUAUGGUUCUGGGUCUCAAGAAUUAAUGAAAGAUGAUAUUAGUAAAGAAUCUUCAAAUGCUUUCAAGGAAUUUGAGGAUUUUGAGUUUGCUGCCAAUGCUAAAAAAAGUCAAUUAGAGAUGUAUUUAGAUGAACCAAGAAUUGCAUCUGAAUUGGCUUUUAAUCUUGGUGGUAGAAUUCUUGACCAAUAUCAUAGUUCAAUGUCUCCACAAGUUGUUGAAGCGUUAAUAUGUAGAAGAGAUUGGCUCUUUGGAGAAAACGAUAUAUCUCUGGUCAAAUUGGAAGAUGUAAGUCAAAACAUUAUGGCUUUGGACCUCAACAAAGGUGAAGCAAAAUCUGGUUUGAUGGAAGGUGCAAAUUUAAAUAUUGGGUAA